AUGCCUGACAGCAGUUCCCCGCCUGCACACCGGGCCGGCUCACAAACGCCUACCGCUGAUCACUCAGACGACAAUUUCCAGCUCGCCCACGAGUGGCCUGACGAUGACGACGAUGACAUGGAAUUCGAGCCAGAGUCUGAGGCCACCGACAAUAUAGAAUACAUCGACGAUGAUGAAGACUCGGACGACAGCGAAGAUGGUGUAGCGCAGGCGACCGGCUUGUUCCGCGACUCGGAUGGAAACAUUCAGAUAGAGCUCACUAUGGGUUCUUUGGGUGAGGAAAAUGAACAGGGUGAAGAGGAAGAAGAUGGCCCGUACAGAACAACGAGAAUGUCUCCAGCCCAGAUUCUUUCGCUUCUUAAUGCCGGUGGCCUGCGACGUAUACUUCAAACGCACGGUUUGCUUGGAGGCGGCAUCAUCGCCGACGAUGAUGGUGAUGGGUACCCUUAUGGUGGUUACAGAUCCCGCAGACGACGAGCAAACCGGGGGCCAGGUCACGCAUUUCCAAAGGUACCGAGUGAGAACGGAAGAGCGUUGAUGAAUUCUGGCUUUUAUGGAAACAAUCUCAAUUAUGUAGACGAACAGAAAAAGCGCAAGAAGAGGUUAGCUACCCAGCUGAUGUGGCGUGAGCUUGGUAUUGGGUCAAUCAGCGAUCAGAAGCGGAAUGUGCGGACAGUCUUCCAGGACUUAAUUCCUGGAAGCACUGCUGACAAGAUUAUUCACUACGAUACUCGAUGUUAUUCGGGCCAGUUCUCGGAUGAUGGAAACUUCUUCUUUUGCUGCGGCCAAGAUUUCCGGGUACGGAUGUAUGAUACAUCGAAUCCAUACGAUUGGAAGUACUACAAGAAAGUUCGCUAUCACGGCGUCGGACAAUGGACGAUUACCGACGCAACUUUGAGCCCUGAUAAUAGAUACCUAGCCUACAGCUCAAUUCAUCAUGAAGUCUCCUUGGCCCCAACGGAUCCUUACGACACUUCAGAUCCAAUGUCUCUUGACUUUUCCAACACAAGGCAAGGGCGGGGAGGGCACCGUCAUUGGGGUAUUUGGUCUCUGCGUUUCUCAGGUGACGGCAGAGAAAUUGUUGCAGGUACUUCGGACCGUUCGGUCAUUGUCUAUGACCUUGAGACACGGCAAUCGAUACUGCGGCUACGUAACCAUGAAGACGAUGUUAAUGCCGUUUGCUAUGGUGAUACAUCAUCACCACACAUUCUCUACUCAGGCUCCGAUGACACCACAAUUCGAGUGUGGGAUCGACGGUCUAUGAACGAUAGUCGUGAGGCUGGUGCUUUCGUGGGACAUACAGAAGGUCUCACUUAUGUCGAUAGCAAAGGCGACGGACGGUACGUGCUCUCAAAUGGGAAAGACCAGGUGAUGAAACUGUGGGACUUGCGAAAAAUGGUGACUACGGAGCAACUUGACAAGAUCAACAUUAAUCACUAUACUACUGGCUUUGACUAUCGGUAUAUGGCGUACUCGGAUGAAGACUAUACACCGCAUCCCCAUGACUGCUCUGUAGUAACUUUCCGAGGUCACCGAGUGCUGAAGACUUUGAUCCGUUGCCACUUUUCGCCUCCGUCAAGCACCAACUCCCGAUAUGUAUAUUCUGGUAGUGAAGAUGGCAAGGUAUAUGUCUACAACAUGGAUGCCACCUUGGCAGCUGUCAUCGAUGUUGGAAGUGUGACCUACCAGUCGAGGCCACAAGAUCGAGACUUGUUUGCUACUGAGUACGAGAUGAGGAGUGGGGAGUAUGCUUGGAGGACGUGUGUUCGGGAUGCAAGCUGGCACCCUUCAGCGCCUGUUUUAGCUGCUACUUCCUGGAACGGCUGGGGGAUGGCUACUGGAACGUGUACAGUACAUUCAUGGAAUGACUCAGCAAAGGAAGACGAAGGGGAGCCAGCCCUGGGUUUGAGCUACGAUGAAGAGCUUGAGUAUCAUGACGAGUACAAUGACUUCCGUGAUGCUAUACGCACCCGUGAACGCCACUCGCGGCAGCCGGUGCCUCCAUACCAACCAGACGAAUGGUAA